AUGGCCGCUGAAGUGGGAACGGACUGUCAGCCGCAACAGCGCACCGAGCUCGGACCCUUGGAGGGAACGGACGUGCAGAGGACGCCGGGAGCGCAAAGAGCGCCCGUGCGCAGCCCGAAAUGCGCGCGCUGUCGGAACCACGGCGUCGUGUCGCGUCUCAAGGGCCACAAGCGCACGUGCCGCUGGCGGGAGUGCCGGUGCGCGAGCUGCGUGCUGGUGCUGGAGAGGCAGCGCGUGAUGGCCGCGCAGGUCGCGCUCCGCAGACAGCAGGCCGGAGAGAGCAAGAAAACGCAAAGAAGUGCUCCUUUCCUGAGACGCCAAACCUACCAGCGCUACACCAAAACACCUAGCCUCCUGGCCAAGAGCAUACUAGAGGGAUGUAAAUCACCAGCGUCAGAGGACUGGCAGACGAGACUUCACUGCCCUCCGCUUAGUGUUAAGAUGAGGAAAAGGAGAGCUUUUGCUGAUAAAGAGCUGGAGAGUGUGAUGCUGGAGCGAGAGCUCAGGCAGAGAGAGAUUGAAGAGCUGCGUAGAAUUGUCCUUCUUCAGGCAACAGUGUCUCCAGGUCCCUCAACAUGCUUCUGUCCGCUGUCUGAUACAGGCGUGCCCGGCUACAUGCCUGCGUACAAGUCCAAUCCACCGUUGUUUCAGUGUGAUCUCCAUUGCCACACACAGGAGUUCAAAACCAGGGCCGUAGAGCACUGUCCUAAGGAAAUCCUCGCAACACAUAAUGUUUCUCCAUCGCUGAAAUCAUGGGACGCCUGCAGUGGGACAGAGUCGUGUCUGGAAUCUGUUACUCUGCCCUCAUUUCAAAGCUCACACUAUUAUUUUUACAAAAAUAGAGGAAACACCGAGGCAGAAAGAGUCCCCGCUGACUCGUCUCACAGCACGCCGCAGAGUGCUGCUGCUGACAGAAUGGAUGUCACGUCAAAGCGAGACAGCGCUCUUUUUCUGACCGAGGCGAAGGUGCUGUCACAGACUGAGCAGCCAGGAAAACACUGCAAGGCAUCAGGGCUUGAAUCACACACACAUGAGGACUGGGCCACUAAACCCGACUCAAUCAAGAAUGGGAGGCCCUUACCUUUUUCUGUCGAGGCUUUGCUGAUGAGAUGAUAAGAAGUAUUCCCUGUAGAAUUUCUUGCUUUUAUAGAGUUAGUGGUUUAUUUUUUUUUUCUAGAAUAUUUUUUUUGAUAGAGGAAACCAUGCUGCAGGCGUUACUCUGAAACUGAAUAAUUAGGUUUAAUAUGUCUUAAUAAUAUGCCUAAUAUGGGUUGUAUAUUGUGUGCUAGUUAAGUAUAUUUUUUAUUUUUAUUUAAUUUAUCAAUGAUCAUGUAAUCGUACAACAGCCUCUAUGUUUACACCUAACCUUUUAUUUUUCCUUGAUUACAUAAUAGCCAUAUAUUUGUACUGGCUUAUUAAGAUGCAUCAAAGUACUAUUUUAUAUGGGUUUUAUUUCAAGUUAAUACACAGAGGAAGGUAUACCAUUACGGCACAUGUGCAUCAUAGAGUGAAAUACAUAAUGUUCAUCUAAUUGUGUGUGUUCUUAAAAUGUUUUGUCAAAAUAAAUAAAUAAAUAAAUCCUUGGAAUUUUACAGAAAUGACAUGAAGAAAAAAAAAGCACUGUGCUAUCACUACCAAGAGAAUAUUUAAUAUGGAAAAUUUAAUAUUAAUAAAACAUAUGUGAAUACGUGUGUGUGUGGGUGUGUGUAUAUAUUAUAAUGUAUAUAAUAUUACAUACAUGUUUUCUAUUUCUUUAACAAUAUAAACCUGCAGAUUAAACUACUGAAGCUGAAAUUAAUCAACACCUCGUGGCUGAUCAGAAUCAACUUCUAGAGAGAAACUGUAAAUAGCUGCCAUUUAACUAUCACAUGCAACCAUAAACAGAUAAAAAGCAUUGUUCUUUAAUAAAUAA